UUUUUUUCCACUUCUUUCUUUCUUUCUUUCUUUCUUUUUCUUCUUCUUUUUUUCUCUUGUUCCAAGUCAAGAUGAGCAAAGUCAUAGGGAACGAACGUAUUUCACAAAUACUUCCUACAGUGAAAUGCUCAGAUUGUGGUCGUGAUGUUCAAUUACGUCAAUUGGGAAACCACAUUUGUUCUAAUAUGCCUCCUGUUCCAGCACUUCCUAUUUUACCACCAGAAAAAUAUGGCAAGAAACCUUCUACAACCACAAAAACAAAUGUAUUACCUAUCUCACCACGUAGUCCUGAUGGAUAUUAUAGUGCAAGAACUGACAACAAUAAAUACAACAACAACAACAACAAAACAUCUCCUUAUUAUGAUCAUUCAUCUCCAUUAUCAAACAACCUGAUUUAUGCCAAAUCAUCAUCACCAUAUGACCGCUAUCGUAACGAUGAUAAUGAUUAUUCUCCUUCUACAACAUAUCAACGACAACAACCAUCGCCACCUCAAACAUCUAACAGAUACAAUGAUGAUUAUUAUUCACCAAAAACACCAACCUAUUUGAAUUCUUCGAAUGAAUACCUUCCAAGAAAAAAUUCAACUUCUCCUGCUCCACCAGAAUCACCUUCGCCUAAAAGUCCUUAUUUUAAGUAAGACCACCAAAAAAAAAAAAAAAAGACCAUUGAUAUAUAGCUUAACUUUUUUUUUUCUUUUCUUUUCAACACAUGAUCUUUUAUAGUACCGAAUGGAAUGAAGACCGAA